AUGACUGAGUCUGAUCUGUUACCCAAAUUCACCAUCGUCCAACACCGAGAUAUCCGUGUUGUUCUUUUGAUGGAUACGUCUGGGAGCAUGACUACGGACAACCGUUUCGAAAAGAUGAUCAGCUCUUCGGCCAACUACAUCUCUUCCAUCGUCACAGACGGCAGCUACAUUGGCAUAGUCGAGUUCAACUGGGUCGGCAUCAUGCUCAGAAACCUGACGCUGGUUACUAGCGAUGACGACCGCCAGGCAUUACUCAACGCUCUCCCACCCAGCGCCGCUGGAAGUACAGCCAUUGGUGACGGCCUUCUGAAAUCCAUCGAGGUUCUGUCCUCCGGAGGCCAAAACCCAGCCGGUGGCAUCAUCUUACUCAUAUCAGACGGUGAGGAAAGGGAGGCGCCCUACAUUGCUGACGUCAUCGACACCGUCACCAGUUCAGGGGUCAUUGUGGAUACGCUGGCUUUCACACAGAAUGCCGAUUCUAAGCUGUUUGAACUGUCAGACGCAACAGGAGGUAAAUCUUUCUUUUAUUCGAACGAGCCUGGCUCCAACACUCUAUAUGAGGCGUUUGCUUCCACUAUGGAGCGCGGUGACGUCAGAGAUGCUGAAAAACGCAUACAGCUCUUUGGUACAUCUUGGACGCUUGGCGGUGGAGAAACGCAAGAGGGCGGUAUCUUCAUGGACAACACGCUAGGGCGCAAGACUGAGUUUGCCUUCUCGUGGACAACCAAAGACAAAUUGGCCAUUGAGGUCACUUUAACGGACCCAAACGGGACCCUCAUUGACUCGACGUACGAUGGUUACGGCGUGGAUAUCACAUUUCGGUUGCUCACAGUCAAGAUACCUGGGACUGCGCAGGCUGGGGCAUGGGAAUUUGCCGUACAGAACCUGGACGACUCCAACUCCGAGGAAGUCUCCAUAACAAUCUCCUCCUACCCGGCUAGUAAUGACGUGGAGCCCAUCGUCGUGACGUCGGACCUGAGCGGCUCCAUCACGGCCUUCGAGAGGGGUGAACCGCUGGUGGCCUUCGCCGAGAUCCGCCAGGGAUUCAGCCCCAUCAUAUACGCCAACGUCUACGCUACAAUCGAGAGACCGGGCGGUUACGACCCUGUGCGACUGCAGCUACUAGAUAACGGAGCAGGCGUGGAUGUGACCAAGUACGACGGGGUGUACUCGCGAACAUUCACCGAGUUCACCGGCAUCGGUUUCUACGGGAUUAAGAUCAACGUGGACAACAACGGCGGAAAGGCCGUGGUCGUCGACUCCGUUCCCUUCUCCAGGGCUCGACCUAUCAUCAGCCCGGACAAAGUCUUCGAUCUACCCGCCAUAGGUGGUUUCGAGAUUCCGCUGCCCGGUACUCCUCCCGAGGAGCCCAAGGGCCGACCUGCUCCCUUCUUCAGCCGGGGCAUCUCCGGUGGCUCCAGCCGCGUCGACAGCGUUCCACCUGGCUUCAUCCCCGGGAGUGAUAAUUUUCCGCCGGGCACAGUCAUUGACCUGCGGGUCAGCGACGCCUCGUUCGAGAAUGGGACCGUGACGUUGGCCUGGACCGCGCCCGGUGAUGAUUUGGACAACGGGGCAGCUUCCCAUUACGAGAUUAUUCGGGCGACUUCUAUCCUGGCGUGGCAGAACGACUCCCGGCCCGAGGCUCACUACAUCAUCCCCGCUGAGGAAAUCACUGAAGGGAACAUCAGUGAACCGCAGGAUUACGGCCGGCGUGAGGUGUUUGUGAUCGAGGUCCCCAUCCCCGAGAACGCCACGGUAGCCUCCUACGCGUUCGUGUUCCGUGCCUUCGACGAUGCCGGUCUGGUGUCCGGCUUCUCCAACGCCGUGCAGGCCACGCUGAGGGAGUACGUGCCUCCCCCAGGUCCCUCAAAGGAAACGCCUCCCGGGAACAAGGAGGGUCUAACCGGAGGUCAGAUCGCGAUGAUCGUUUGCCUGUCCGUUGGAGGCGCUCUAAUUAUUACUGUGUUCACGAUUGUGGUUGUCAAGUGCUCGACUAAGGGAAAGAAACAAGUACUGAGCGACAAGAAAAUCGAAGCAAGUAAAUCUGCCAAAAAUGUGGAUGGAAAUGAUAAUGACGCGUAUGAAAUUGGUCCUUAACAACAAUUUAGAUUAAAUAUCAAGAACCAAGACAAGCAAAUAAGUUAAUGUAUUGAUACAUUUUCAACUUCCCUCUUUUACUUGUGGUUGUAAGAAACAAUAUUUUUUUCCACCGUUCGGGUACGGGUUUGAACAAUCUUUUCAAAGUUGACAAAUGAACUAAACUCAAACAGUGAUUAAGUAGUUGAAUACAGAUCUGUAGUUAAUGAACUAGAGACUGACCAUGGCGUCACCUUCAAUCAUGAUGCAUAGCACUGAUGUCAUUUUCAAUUGUAAUCCAUAUUUUUCCAUAAUUCUUUGAAGUUUCAUUUCUGUUCCACCAUGUGCAUUCUUGAAAAGUUUUUUGAUCACCAUACAUCGUCACUGAACUAAUGCUAUCAAUAAAAUGUAGGCCUACCAGUCUGCGCUUUAUUGAUCCCUACAGGCCUGCUGUCACAAUAGGCAAUAAAGACAUUUACAAACUAGUCAAUUUAAUGAGUGGAACGGGUAGCCUUCCACGUAGGACAACGCUGCAAAGGGAUGAGGUACCACACGUUGCUAGAGGGAACCACUUUAUAUCAGCGGAAACAGGGAAUAGCGGCAUAGAAAUGGAAUGUAAUCAAGACAAAUCAGUGUUUACAAAUUUCUCUGAAAGUACUACUAUUUUCUCAUUCUUAUAUUUUGUUAGACAUUUUCUGUGUUUCUAAGACGCAGCUCGCUACAUGUUGAGUUUGCCUUUCAGAUAGACAGCCUUGAUGUGUGAUUUUUCCUUCAAAAGCAUACCUCUGUCAUUUAUUCUGACAGAGUGUCUUUUCACAUUCCGUAAACCGAGCACAAAAUAAGGCCCGCAAACAUGCUUUAAAAAAUUCUGCCCCGAUAAAAUAAUAGCACGGGGGAGAAGGUUGGUCAUGCUCGAAUUAUCUUAAACCGGAUUUCACCCACGCUCUGAUAAUAAGAGAGAAAUUAAUUGGUAACACUCCACCUACAAACAAACACCCGCCCACACCCCCCACAUACGCAUACCCUCUCUGCUUGUCAAAUAAAUCACACUUUUUACAUCGUAUCUGCAUUUCAGCUAUGCCAAAGUUCCAGCAAUAAACACGAAAUACAUGGACACCUGUAUGUAAGUGCGCCUGUCUUUCUUCCAAGGUCUCUUUCCUUGACAGCAAUGCACUUUUCGCAUAAUCUCCUGGGCUGAGCACGCGGCUUCACGCCUACUGAAAUCGACCAAAUUGCGAGGUCAUAUUUUUAGAUUCUGUAUUUUUUACAGGUGUAAAUCACGUUUGAAGUUCUAAAAAUUAAGGAGUCACCUGUACCAUCAAAAGGGAAUCAAGUAUUGUAUUGUCUUUGUAAAACACAGCUUUUUUAGGAGCUGUUGUAUCAAUUGUGUUUUUGUUUUUUAUUCAUUUGUUCCUACGCGGUUGUUUUGGUGUAUGAGUGUGUGUUGGGGGAAGUUCGAGGUAGUACCAACUGUACCCACACAUUAAUUUGGUAAAAAAGCCUGAGUGUUUUAAAAUUACAUAACUGUUGUUUAUCACAUAUUUAUGAGGUGUAGCCUUCGUUCAAAUCUGGGUCUGGGUCUACCUUUCUGCGUUGUAGCUUUUGUAAACAGCAACAGCGCAAUGAAACCAUGGGAUUCAACUACUCCACUCCACAUUAGCCAAGAAUAGGUCUUGUAACGAGCAAUAUAAUGCCCACAGUGACCCAAAUUCAACUAGUGAUAAGAGCUAUAUCAACAGGCACAAA